AUGUCACAGAAUCUGCAGAACGAAAGGCAAUUUCUUGAACAGAGAAUCAAAUCUCUGCACGAUGUUAUCCAUGAGAUGAAGAUGGAACAAAAUGUUCACUCUGUGAAAAAGGAAUUGAUGCUGGGUUUGAAGGAGAGAGAGGCUUUCCUUUACAAGCAUAAAUUUGAAAAUGCCGACAAUGAAUUGACUGACUUUGUAGAAUGGGUUGGCUAUCUAUCUCAGAAAUGUUCCGAGCCCAAAGAUAUAAUAAAUGAUAUGAACAAUAAAGGAGAACACCAGCGACGCAAGGCACUGCAAAGUGAGGUUAAGAAACUGAAAAGUGAAAUCGAAAAAUGUAGCGCAGAGAAGAACUCCAGUGUUUCUGCUUUGUUAGCGGAGAAGAAUUUUGUUUGGAACCAGUAUAAGACAAUGGAGAGCGAUCUCACUGAACAAUUGAGGAAGAAACGUGCUGAAGUUGAAAGUGCAAAUGAGAAGAUAAAGACACUUGUGAGCAGAACUGAGGAGUUACAGUUUUCGAAUGAAAAGUUGAGAGUUGACUUUGCAAAGCUGAAAUCUGAAACAGUAAAGAAGAACGAAGAAAUCUCAAGGCUUUCUAGGGAAAUAAUGCUGUUAAAGUCCAGAUCAAAUUCAGAAACACCUGUAUUACGACGCUGCAGGGUGGAAUCAGGAACUUCCCAUGUAAGAGGCAAGAAUAGCAGUGAGAAGGCUGUAACAGUGAAGAAAGAAUUAGAUUCUUCACAUGACCUUGGAAAGAUGGCUCGUAACAAGCAAACUACGCAUAACUUAACUGGAGAAAAGGCUCUGAGGAAGCAAGUGACUACUGCUAAGGAAAGCAGUAGUUCAAAGAGAAAGGCUGAUGUCACUACCAUCUUGGAUACUCCAAAAUUAUUCACAUCGUCAUUCAAAGUUCCUAAAUUGAAGUGUCCAUCUCCACUGGUGGUGUAG